UAGAAGACUCCGGAAAUAUCAACCGGUGAACACCAGCGGUUUCCGGUCGCAUUUGUUUUGAAAAUUUUGAAAGCCGCAGCCAAAGAUUGGCAGGUACACGAGCUAGAAUUUCGCAGUGCAUUACGGGCUUGCUGGUUGACACUGUGUUUGUUGCUGUCCUUGUGCGACAGACAUGUCCACGCUGUUCCCCUCUCUCUUCCCCCGGAUAACGGAGUCUCUGUGGUUCAACUUGGACCGACCCUGUGUGGACGAGACCGAGCUGCACCAGCAGGAGCAGCAGCACCAAACCUGGCUGCAGAGCAUUGCUGAGAAGGACAACAAUCUGAUGCCCAUUGGGAAACCUAUUUUUGAGGCAGGAUAUGAUGAAGAGGAAGAGGAGGAUGACGAGGAUGAGGAGGACAGCGAGGAAGACUCAGAAGAUGAAGAAGACAUGCAGGACAUGGAUGAGAUGAAUGACUACAACGAGUCACCUGAUGACGGCGAGAUCAAUGAGGUGGACAUGGAGGGACCAGACCAAGACCAAGACCAAUGGAUGAUUUAGGACAAUGUUAGUCUCCAUCAAGCUGUCUGGCACUGGAUUUCUACUCCCCCCUUAAAACAUGACUGCUGCCCCUUCAAUCUGUGACACAGAUAUAUUUUUUUAUUUGUAUAAACAGGAAAAUAAUAUAGCAGAAUCAAAGCUUGUACCGUGAUAUCCUUCAGAGGAAGGUUGGGUAAAUCCAGCACAAGUGUCUCAUGUCAAGCUGCAGUCGGCCUCGAAGGCUCUGGAUGUCGUUGGACAUCGCUGUGAGUGUUGCUCGCUACCUGGCACACAUUCACAUUGUUAAAAUACUAGCAUGGAGGUAUGUUUGAGCGCCUGUGCACAUGUCCUGUUGUUUGUGGCAGUGUGUGAACCUGACAAAUACAUUGAACCAUUCAAUCCAAACAAAGAGGUUCCACACGCCUCUCCUGCUCUAAGACACACACACACACACACACAGUCCUACUGUUUUGUAACCAGUCAGACACACACCCACAGUGGCAGCCGUACGCAUCAGUCCAGUGAUCUCUCAUUUAAACUUUGACCUUGUCAUAUCUUCAGUCAUGUGCCACUUCUCAGAAGUCUCCAAACAGCUGACUGAGCACAAGCAAAAGUUCAGUCAGCUAAAUGAUUUGUUACCUAUGAAGGAGACUUACAGAUACUUCACCAUAAUAGCCCAAUUCUGUUUCAUAGCAGUGUAUGCUGCUAAUCUUUAGUUACAGAUAUCAGAAUUUUCAUAAAUGCUUGUGAAAUAGUAUUAUGUUCAGAAAAUUCAUCAGUUCUUAUUGAAAUACAUUUUAAUGUUCUUUAACUAUGUCAGAGGCAAUAGCAGCCAUUACCACUGAAGAUUGUUUAUUGAAAUAUGAACACACACAGUGUCCACUGUCUCUCAUGUUUAUCUGAAACAAUUGCUUACCAAGGCUUUUCUAAUUUCUACUGAAAUGAACAGAAGCCAUGAUUAUUUGUAUUGAAUUAAAUCAUUUUGAUGAAACCA